UCACAAACAAAAACAAAAGCAUAUUAAAUGUAGAAUACGUAAUUGCUUUUUAGAAUUUAAAAGAUUUAUCUAUUCUCUACUUGUAUAUAAUUUUAACAGAUUACAAAAGUUUAAUUUUAAAUAACAACAUGGUUACCGCGUACUAUAUAAUGAAAAUGUCAAGGAAUAGAAAAAAUACAGAUAUUCAUGAAUAUUAUAGUAACUUGCGCGACGAUUCUUACUCGAAAACAUUACACCAUAAAGACCGUGUGAUGUGUAGGGUUUGUAUGAAGGAUGGUUCUGUACCUAUUUACGGUUCUGGAAGUUGCGAUGUAAUUGAGGCCUUACGAAUUUUCGGAAAUAUAGUUGUCACUGAAAAAGACAAUUUUCCAAAACAUCUUUGUAGGAUAUGUUUUAAAUUUAUAAAAGAAGCAAAUUUAUUCAGAAAAAUAGCGGCACAAACCGAUAACUUUUUAAAAAGUCCGAUCAAAGAAGAGGCUAUUGAAGUAUCAAUGGACUGUCAUGAAUAUUCUGAAGAAAUUAAUAACGAAGAACCAUUAAAAAGUUGGCCAGUUACUGUCACCUCGGGUAAUCAAUCUAAGAACUGCAAAAUGAAGGUUACCUCUAAAGUUCAAUGUUAUGUGUGCAAUAAAGUUGUAAACAAAUCAUAUUACAAAGAACAUUUGACAAUGCACGACCCUAACCAUCAUAAAUAUGUUUGUGAUAUCUGUGGUAAAUCAUUUAGACUGCGAUGUGCAUACCACAAUCACAGCCUACGUCACGGAAAUGGUUUUCCUUAUAAAUGUCAGUUUUGUCCAUAUAAAGGCAAAUAUGCUGAACUUCUUAAAACACAUAUGAGAACUCACACAGGUGAUUAUAGAUACAUGUGUACUGAAUGUCCAGCUAGGUUUCUGUUUAAAAGCAAUUUAAACAGUCACAUAUUAAACAAGCACAAAGAAAAAGAGCAUAAAUGUGAUACUUGUAAAAGAGCAUUCCACACAAAGCUAGCUCUGCAGAGACAUUUUGAAGUGGAUCAUUUGGGCAUCAAAACUCAUGUGUGCAAUAUAUGUGGUAAUACAUUUGGAUAUAGAAAUGCAAUGAUGAAACAUCAAAGAAGAGUUCAUAAGAGAGAGAAAAUGAUGUUUUCGCGAAUGCCAUCAUAUUUACAAGUUGAAAAUAAGAAUUAAGUUAUAAUGCUUUACAUAAUCAUAAUAUACUUAUAUUUUAUAACAAUAAU